AUGGCGGGAUUUUCAGUGGCGCGAAAGAUAUUGGAAAAGCGGGCGCAGGAAAAACAGCUCAAAAUAAACGAUAUGGUGGUGUUUGAUGAGGACCUGCCCCACAAACUGGACGAGUGUCGGCUCACUUUUGUCGACUUUGCGCCCAUACUUAAGCGAAAAGACCAUGGGGGUGGCAUUCAAAGUGUUCAAUAUUCGGAACUCAUGGAUUUUGCCAACAAAUGGCUGCUAAGGCAGGAGUGCUGGGAUGUGCUGAGCGCCGAGACCGUGUCGGCCAUCAUUGAGAUCGUGAUCGACGAGAGGGGCGAAGUGGUGGGCAAACACAUACUCAGCACUUUUACCGUAACGGAAGACAGUGCCGGAUACGAAGAGGGCGUAUCGUAUCACCAUCUCACUCUGAGCAAAGCACCCAUACACUUCCGGGUCAAAAUGUUACGCCUAUGGCUGUUGCCGUUUGACUCCAACGAGUACAACGAAAAAGUCCGGCCAAUAGUGCCCCAAAUCCAGUUCCGGGACUUUGAGCCCUGUUCCCUGACCGACAUUCCCGGCGAGUUUGAGUCAUGCGAUGACGUAAUGGCCAGACUUAACGACGCGGUCAACGCCGAAGAGAUCACCGGCAAAGUGUUGAACGUCCAGACACUGGCCUGCGGUGCCAGUCAUGAGUGGCGGGUCGACACCGAGAGUACCGAAGCCAAGCCAUGGGUGGGCAAAACGGUGUACGUGUUGCGCGUGUUUUACGCCCUUGGUCCUAUACACGAAGAGUUGUCCUCACUCAUAAGGAAAGCCAGCAAAUGGCUGUCCGAUAAUCCAGAGGUCAAUUUCUGCAGCGCCUCAUCCAUUGAUGUCAAACUCAAGUCAAUGGUUUCAAUUGACACGAAACAGAUGGCCAUCACUCGUGACACCGGGGACUUCGUCCGUAUACUACGGCUCGUAUACACUAAACCACGUGAACUGCCGUCAGAUAUACCCAUCUCAUCAACACUACCGCCACCUCCGCCCGUAUACAUAGGGCACCGGACGUUUGUCGUUCACAAGGGCUACGGGGAUGUCAAGCGAGUGAUCAGUGAGUUCUUGGCACGGGAUGAAUGGCGGGCCACCAAUCAGUACAAGUGGUUACUGGUAAACGUGGAGACUGUGGCCGUGUUUGCGUCCAACGGCCUGCGCCAGCCACUCGAGACUAAUGCCGACCAGAGUUUUCAGGCCCUCCUGUCCUCCAAUCUGUCAAUGAAUAGGACGGAGUAUUUUGCCAUUAAAUUGUAUUAUGACGUCGGCUACUAUGGUAUCGACCAUUUGGCUACCGGUGCUAAGGCCGAGGAGGAGGCCGAGGCGGCUAAAGGCACCGGUAAAGGCUAG